AGCACAUGGGGGUCUCCUGGCUCAAGUCCCCCUAAUUACCUUUUAUUAAUAUGACCUAAAAUUAAGACGGUGCGGUAAUCUGGAUGAGAAUGAGUUCAGAUGGUACGCUGAACAUUGGGGCUUCAGUACUUUGUAAUUCUAAAACUCAAUCCUGAUUCCAAGAAUCUUGGGUGGCUUUGAAUUGUUAAAUGAUGACAGCCAGAGGAGACGAGUGCUUGGAGCGUCCGACCUUCGGCCAGUUUUUCCAGCUGGGCAUGUUGUACGACUGCUGCUCGGAAACGACGAACUCUGGAAUCACACUGUGGGACUCUGAGACUCUCAACAGCCACACUAAAACUGAGGCUCGACCAAACACGACAUUCCAGCUGAUCUCAUCCAGUUCAUUCAAAGCCAAAGCUAAGGGCCUCGCUAUUGGUCCUCCUCUCAGGGCAAGUCUUUCAAGUGGACUGAUUCCAUUAAAGGACUCAUUUGCAUAUUUGAAUAUUAAUGAACAAUCCUCACACACAGUAUGGGUUGGCCUGCUGGUUCAGAUAUCAUCCAAGCACAAGGAACUGAGGAUGGCAGAGCUGAAGGAGCUGAAUGCCGCCCAACCCAAAUGUCAUUGACCAAGCGAAGGUAACACAUGUUGUCACGGCGAUGCUGUAUGGUGUGCAAAUUUUUGUGACGUUUGAGAUUUCUACCCUAUCAUCUGAUGAGAAAGAUGAUCUUCGGGGCAAACUAGAGCUGCUGAUCAAAAGUAAACUUGUUCAGAAGGGAGGCCAUGAUGUGCAUCUCUCUGAUGAAGAAUCAACAGUCGCUAAGAGACUCCAAUGCACGUUCUUUUCUGAUUUUCAUUCUUCCAAUGAUCUCGUGAAUUUUGAAGAGGCCUGUGAUAUUAUUUCUACCCUACCAGAUUUGCUUGGAGAAAAUGGGGAGAACGCUGUGCCAAUGAAAGUGUGGCUCCAGCCCGUAAGUUACGUGGACUCCAAGGCUUCCCCGAUUGUUCAUGAGGUGCCCGUGAGUCUAGUUGAAUCUUUACAGGCUGCCCUGGACCACCUCGACAACUUCACCACUUGGUGUUCAGCAGCCCUGGAAGAUGAGGCUACAUUGACAUUCCCAGUAUUUAAAAAGAGGUUCCAAAAACUCCAAAGUCUCUGUAUGGAGUACAAGUCGUCUUUCCAGACUCGUUUGUCGAAAACGAUUCCCUCAGUCCGUAGAGGUGAAAAGUCAGAAAAUGCGAUUGUGGAAAUUCUGAAAGAACACGAUCAAUCCCCAUUUGGUCCCGUUUCUUUAAAGGCAUGUCUGGAUGACAAAGUGAAGGAGAUGGCAGUCAUACGGUCUUAUUUGAAGAUGCUGGCUGGUUUCAAGGUGGUGUCUUCAGCCUCUCAGUUUGACUCGGAAAUCUUAGACCCAGAAGCCGAGCAUGUGAUCUGUUUUAUGAUUACAUCUUUGAAAGAGAAAGAACCUUAUCUGUCGGAUAUGUCCAGCUAUCUCGAUUCCCUCAGCAAUGGAACUCCAGCAAGCCAAGAAUUAAUUGGCUAUGAUUAUGAAAAGCGAGCUGGUGAACGUUGGUUCAAAAUGCCCUCCGUGUCCAAAAAGAUGCGAAGCAUGGCCAGACAUUUUGUGGAAUUUGCAAAGACUAACGCAGCCGCAGGGCAGGUGAAAUUCAUUGUGGCGUCCUGUGAAGACGUCGACCAUGCUGGUGCCUCCAUUUACUGUUACGACGAUGGCAAUUUGGAGAACACAAAUUUUGAACUCCCAUCAAAACCUGAUCCUCCUCAAAUUGUGGAGACAAGUCAGGAUCAGGUGACAGUAAAGUUAGACCUGCCGAGUCAAGGGGCGACACAAGUCGAUAAAUUUAGGCUUGAGUACAAGGAGGACAAAGAGUCUGACUGGUCCAUGAAGGUUUUUUCAUCUGGAGAAGAAUCAUUUUGUGCAAAAGAUUUAAUUCCCAACACUAAAUAUCAGUUCAGAUAUGCAGUGAUUUGUAAAGUAGGCGUUAGUAGUGUGAGCGACAUAACCGAAGAAACAACGAUGGCCUCAAUAAGUGGCUCCAGAAACACAUCAGAGAUGAAGCAGCCCACUGAAAAUUUGAUUCCUCAGAAGGAGAGUUCUCCACCAGCAGGGCCUUCUCCAGAUAGUAAAAGAGAUGAACAUCAAAGUGUUGUACCCAAGGCACAGGACAAAGAAGGAGACAGGAGCGGAAAGCCAAAACCAAACAGCUAUGACAACACAACACCAGCACAGCCACAAUCGAGAAACAGGCAAAGAAACCAAGAAGGGAAACAACGAAGACGACUAGCGUUGACAUGUCCGUGAUAAAAUGAGCUGGAAAAAU